AUGUCUGGACUGGGCCUCAUCAAGUGCUCGAGCAUGGAGGAGUGCUCUCCCAAGGAGAGCUACUUUAUCAAGAAGAAUCACAGCACGAACGACGUGCCGAGUUUGCACUUGAACCGGAACUUAAAGGGCAACUUAAACAAGACUGCCUAUCAGCCCUUCAUUCCGGGCUACCCCAAAAUCAACAACCUGCACAUCAGCGGCCCUAGCAACGGUUCUGGCGCUGGCGUCUCCGGUGGUGGUCGGGAGUUCGGCAGACUCGACUUGGGGAAGACUCUGAACCAUAUCGAAUUCAGUCCUUGGCGGCCUUUCCUCGGGAACUCUCUGGAUCACAAUUACUUUAACAAGCACGGCAGCCACAACCUCAAGGGCAGCUAUAAGGACGGUGUUCAUGUUACCGGCAACAGCAAUGGCGGAGAGAAAGGGCUCAAUGGCGUUGCCAAUUCUGGCUCUUACAGGGACAACUCUGCUGCUGAGCAUGCUAAUGGCGAGUCUAAGGCUCCCAGGGCAUCCAAGUCCGAGUCUGAGCACGUGUGCCUUUCCGGGAAGGACCUGGAGGAGUUCCGCACUCGGCAGUGCCCUCUUUACGCCAAGGGCAUGUGUCUGAACUCCAGCAAGUGCAGCCUCAGUCACUCUGAGACCUGGCCCCGCAGGAACCCUAUUCUUUUCAAGUACGACUACAAGCUCUGCCCCAACAUUCAAUUUUCUCGUCACGACAACAAGAUGCAGUUGCACGGCAAGUGCAGCUUUGGGCGCCGGUGUCGCUUCAGUCACUCUAAGGAGGAGCAGCUGUACCAUCCUGAGCUGUACAAGACUCGCUACUGCCUCAACUUCCCCAACUGCAAGGGCUAUUACUGUCCAUUUGCUCACUCCAAGGAGGAGCUUAGGAACUUUCAACCCUCAGGCAACGGCUCCGGCAACCAAAGUGCCCCGAACGGCAGCCUCAACAACACCAUUACAAUAAACGGCAACGGCAAUAACAAUGGCAGACCUGAUGGCGGCAAUGGGAACAGUAGACUUGAUGGCGGCAGUAACACUAACAACGGAAACGGUAACAGCAACAGCCACAACCAGAACAACCACACCAACAUUAGCAACGGCGGUGGUGGCCUCGUCAUCGGUGGCGACUUAAAGGGCCCUGUAAACUCUCCCUCCAAUGGCACCGUCAGUGCCGUGCGAGUGAAGCACAGAGCCCAGAGGGACAACGCCGGCGCCCUCAGGGGCAACGACAUGGGCGUCACCUCCUACCAUGUAAUCGAGGGGGAAAACUCCCUCUUCAGGCUCCAGAGCCACAACGAGGAUCUCAACACAACCGGUGGCCCUGACGCGAACAGGGACUCUGACAACUCCCUCAGGCUCCGCGAUGAGUGGAACGGCAACUACCGUGGAAGGGACGAGUGGACCCCCGGCCUCAAGGGCAAGAACGACGACGUUCUCAGCAACACCACCAGCGCCUAUAGCAACUACAACGUUGAGGACCUUGACAUCGACCUUUCUUCGACCUACGACGCUCUCAGCUAUAACAGCCACAACGCACCGGAAGCCUACAAGAACUACAACUAUAACACUUCCGAGGCCUUCAAGAACCAUACUGGCCAAAAGCUGUUGAAUGAGGACCUCGACCGUCAGCUUAAUCAUGGGCUCGAGGACAAGCAGCGCAGCCCUCGCGCCCCGGGCGACGUCCUCUGCUCCCCUAGCGCCAACGUCGCCGGUGAGGACCUCGGUUUCGACAAGCAGGACGAAGAUGACUACAACUGGUUCGAGUCUCUCAUAAAGAACGGCCUCCACUCUCUCGAGGACACUCCUCAGACCGGCUCCAAGGGCUGGAUGGGCGACGACGACCUGCACGACGUUUUCAACGACCUGCGCGACUGCGCCGUCGACAACAACUGCCCCUUUUGCUCCGGCAAGGGCGAUUACAAGUUUGCAGACUCCGAGAAGAUGUUAAAGCUCUCCGAAGACUUGUUCAAGCCCUGGUCCGGUGCGUAG